AUGGAUAAACUCUGGGUAGACCAAUAUCGUCCUAAAUAAUUAUCAUAGCUUGACUAUCACGAAAAAUUAACGGAAACUUUAAAAAGUUUAGCACAUUCCGAAGAUUUUCCCCACCUAUUAUUUUACGGUCCAAAUGGUGCAGGGAAAAAGACCCGUAUAAUGUCAUUUUUACAUGAAGUAUAUGGUAAUGGAGUGCAUAAAAUAAAAGCAGAAGAGCGAGAAUUUAAAGUAAGCUCAACAUCGAGCGCAACAUGUGAAAUAAACAUAAUAUAUUCAAACUACCAUAUAGAUGUCACACCGGCAGAUGCUGAAGUAUAUGAUAGAGUAAUAAUACAAAAAUUAAUAAAAGAAGUGGCUUCGACACAUUAAUUAGACCCUACUAGUUAAAAAAGCUUUAAAGUUGUAAUUUUAAAUGAAGUAGAUAGAUUAACUUUAGAAGCAUAGGCCUCUUUGAGAAGGACUAUGGAAAAAUAUGUAAAUAGAUGUAGACUCAUUUUAUGUUGUGAAAAUAUUGGAAGGGUCAUUUAACCUUUGAGAAGUAGGUGUUUACUUAUUAGAGUACCUGCACCUGAUGAAGGGGAUAUUAUAAAAGUUGUUAAAAAAAUUUAAAAUCAAGAAAAUUUACCAAAUAUUAGUGAAGAAAUUUGUAGGAAGAUGGGAGAUGGGUUUGGAAGAAAUUUAAGAGAUAUUAUUUUAAAUUUGUAAAUGUAAAAAUUAAAUAAAAGCGCGUUUGAUGGAGGGUCUGUGAAAAGUGAAUGGAAAAAAGAAAUUGGAAAAAUCGCAUAAGGGAUUAAAGAUUAAUAAUCACCUUUUAAAUUAAAGGAGAUUAGAGGAUAGUUUUAUGAUUUGUUAGUUAAUUGUAUACCUGGAGAUGUUAUUAUUAAGUAACUUAUGUAAGAACUUAUUGGGAUAGUUAAUAAUAAUUUUAUUUAGUAGGAGUUUAUUUAUUGGGCAGCUUAUCAUGAAAAUUAAAUGAAUAAAGGAUCGAAAACUAUUUUUCAUUUAGAAGCUUUUGUAGCUUAAUGCAUGUUGGUUUAUAAAAAAUAUAUUACUUAGAAUAAAAAUUGAUAGUUUAUAUUUUUAAAAUGUUAAUAAUAUAUAUGUAUAUAUAUAUUAUUAUAU